AUGACUCUCUUUGCUCUUGGCACUGCUACUUCAGUUUUCUGCAUCUCACUUUCCACAAUUGGGCCUUGUAGUAUCUGUUCCUUGGGCUUAAUCGUAUCAACAACGUGUGAUGUUUAUUCUUUCUGCGGCGCAUUUUCAAUAUGUGAUGACAACUCACUUCUUUAUUGUACUUGUUUGAGUGGUUUUGAGCCAAAUUCAGUGACUGAUUGGAAUCAGCAGGAUCACUUAGGUGGGUGUAUCAGGAAAGAAAGUUUGGAAUGUAAGGGUUUGAAAUCCUAUAAUGGCAUGUUUGUCGUAGUCCCCAACGUGGCAUUAGCUCCACAAGCACUAUUUUCAGGUGAUGAAGUGAGAUGUAAGAUGGCUCAACUAGUCAAAGAAGUUGCUUUGCCCGAGUCUAAUUGCGAGGAAAAUGUGGGUGUGAGGAACCCCCUAGGUUGGGUCGCGCCCGAACCCAGGGAUCUGAUGUCUCAAUUCGUACAUGACCCCUCUGAUGUGUUCAACGUCAUCUAG